AACUGACACGUCUCCUGUCACGUAGCAUGUAAAAAGUCCAAGAAGUGUUUCAUUCAACCAUUUACAUCCCCACCAAAUUCAAUUGAGAUGGCCAGCACAGACUGGGACCUCAUUUCUUCAUAUGCAGGUCUUCUGUGCUUAGCUUCUAUCUCUAUAUAUGUGGGAGCCCACGGCUCACUUCCAACGCCUAAGAAGCCAAAAACCAAAGGAACGGAUAAAUCGGUCGUGCAAGAUGAUGAAGAUGAGGAUGAAGAUGAAGGCGUGACCGAUAGGCUUUCGUCCUCUGACGCAUGGCUUUUCCCAGUUGCAGGCUCAGGAGCGCUUUUCGGGAUGUAUGCUAUAAUGAAGUACUUUGGAAAAGAAUGGAUAAAUUGGUUACUCGCGUGGUAUUUUUCUGUCGCUGGCGUGGGCAGUGUGUGGAAGAGUGCUGUGUCGCUUAUGAGAUUCGCGGUCGGGGAAGAACGGUGGAAGAAGUUUGAUCGGAAUAGAGUGUUGAUUCUGAAAGGUCCACGGGAAUUGGUUUCGGUGUCGGUACGCACGCCGACGAUUUGGUUGUUUCCACUCGCUUUGAUACCCUCUGUGCUAUUCAAUAUAUCGGAAACGAGCCGCAAGUCUGCGCUUAUAACGGAUAUCAUGGCGUUGUCGUUCUCUUACAAUGCCAUCUGUCUGCUGAAAAUAGACUCGUUCCAGACGGGAUGUAUUCUUCUGUCUGGACUGUUCUUCUAUGAUAUAUACUGGGUAUUUGGUACGGACGUGAUGCUCACGGUAGCCACGUCUCUUGAUGUCCCAAUCAAACUACUGUGGCCCAAAUCGCUGAGUUUUGCCAGCGAGCGCGGAUACACAUUACUCGGACUAGGGGACAUUGUCAUUCCCGGUGCAUUUGUUGCCUUGGCACUGCGUUACGACUAUGCACGUGCGGAUGACAAAGGCACAUUUAGGAAGCCGUACUUUUACGCGACCCUGGCAGCGUACUUUACUGGACUUGUGACUACAAUGGCAGUGAUGCACGUGUUCGGCAAAGCCCAGCCUGCAUUACUUUAUUUGAGCCCCGCUUGUAUGUUGUCAUUGUUCGGGGUAGGGAUUGUUAGAGGGGAAUUAGGUAAUGCUUGGAAAUGGAUUGAUGAUGAUGGAUCGAAGAGUGAAGUUGGUGGUGAGGAAGUUGAUGGGAAGGAGAAGGACAAGAGCAAGAGUAAACGAGAGUAAGAAGCGGAUGCAAUGAUGUACAAGUUGGAGUAGUCGGGAGUAGAUACCUAUUUGAGUUUUAAUUUAGUUUCUAGAAAUGAUAAGUGGCGUAUGAUGGUGGCGCGGGCGGCGUGGUGGGAGGAGUGAUUCGCACGGAGAGUGGGAUCGGAGUCGGGUGUAUGACGUGGUUCUAUAGGAUGUUUGAUCUAACCGGGCCGAAGUUAAUAUAUACAGGGCGGUGAUGACGGGGUGAGAUUCUAGAGCUGGUCGAGG